GCUGCCAUCCAGACAGAGAUCAUGAGUGGCGGGUAUGAUCUCAACCUCUUCGCCAGCCCUCCCGACUGCAACUUCCUGUGCUCUGUCUGCCAUGGAGUUCUCAAGAGGCCGAUGAGGUUGCCAUGCAGCCACAUCUUCUGCAAGAAGUGCAUCCUCCCGUGGCUAGCCAGACAAAAGACCUGUCCGUGCUGCAGGAAAGAGGUGACACAGAAAAAGAUGGUCCAUGUGAAUAAACUCCGGAAGAUCAUUGGCCGCCUGGAAGUCAAGUGCAAGAACGCCGAAGCUGGCUGCCUGGUGACGUGCCCCCUGGCCCAUCGGAAGGGGCACCAGGACUCAUGCCCUUUCGAGCUGAUGGCCUGUCCCAACGAGGGGUGCCCGUCGCGGGUGCCUCGUGGGAACCUGGCCGAGCACCGGCAGAAUUGCCAGCAUGGUGCCCAUCAGCGCUGCCCCCUGGGCUGCGGGGCCACCCUGGGCCCGGCCGAACGCGCAAGCCACAACUGCUACCGUGAGCUGCGCGAGGCCUGGUGCCAGCGCCAGGAGCGCUGCCGGACCCUGGUGCUGUGCCUGCUACAGCGCAUUCGCAAGGUGUACCGGUCUGCCAACCUCAUCCGCCGGCAGCUGGCCCAGCUCGGAGAGUUCCUGGAAGAUGACGGCCUGCUCUUGGGCGCCCCGCAAGAGGAGGCUGAGGCCCCCCCAGAAGGCAGCAUUGGGGCUGAGAUGUGGGGGGCCCAGGGCCAAGCUACCUUGUAAAUAGGGGAGUAAAUAAACGCAGAGCCCAGG